AGGAGAAAAGUUCAGGACAGGAGCACCUGAAGCACGAAUGAGCAGCAUCGUCCUUCAGCAGCGUUUUCUUCGUGCACGAUAGGAACAGUUUUUCUAGAUAACAAAGACUCAAAGACCAAAUUAUGGAAUGACAUAAACCUUAUGGUUUGUUUCUUUGUUUUUUGCCACUAUGGGUCAACAUUAUUUACUUCAGGCCAGUGUCUUCCGCGCGACUGUACUGUUAUUUGCUGUGCUCGUUUCGAUCCCUCAGGGGCACUCUGACUGUACCAUGUGCCAAUACAAGAUAAACCCCACAACAUCAGACAUCACUAUAUUUGUAGGAAACAGCUCCUCCUGCAGUGUCCAGAACACCAGCAUUACAAGCACUCCGAAUAGCAUCACAGUGACCGGACUGCAGCCUGGAAACACAUAUUUCUUCAAGAUCAACUGCUCAGAUGUGUGCUGCACAAACUUCUCCACCAGUCCAGCACAAGUAGAGAAUAUCACUCUGCUGAAUUCCAGUAACAGUAGUUUGACUGUGGGUUGGCCAGUCCCUCUUGGUCAUGUGGACUCAUAUAUUGUGAACGUGUCUGGUGCCGAGCUGAACACAACCCUCAACUUUACCACCUUCACCAACACUUCAGUCAUCAGUAACCUCAUGGCAGGCCGUGUUUAUAACCUCACUGUGACCACCAUCAGUGGAGUCCUGAAGAACACCUCUAACAUAGUGCUGGUUGCCACUAGGCCUAACCCACCUGAAGCGGUCCGAGUGAGUGGUCAGACAAAUGUAUCUAUUUCUUUGCUGUGGUUGAAACCCUUAUCAAUGGAUGCAGUGUGCUAUGAAGUGUCAUAUAGAUCUAACCAGUCAGGAGUCAACCUAACUUUGAAUCAUACCAAUUCUUUAAACGCAACGCUUACAAAUUUAUUACCCGGCAGUCAGUACGACAUCACUGUGGUCAGCAUUGGAGUAAAAGAACUCAGGAGCUCCUCUGUGAAUCUCACUGCAUAUACAGCUCCUAAUGCAGUGCAAAAUCUGUCGGUUUCGGCUGUCGGCACCAAUUCAGUCAAUCUGAACUGGCUACCCCCUAUAGGGACCCUCAGCCUGUUCUCCUACACUAUCAACAUCUCUCCACCUGAUCAGACUCUCAAUACCACAUCCAAUAAUUAUCAGAUUACUCAGUUGCAGCCUGGGACUCAGUAUAAUUGCAGCGUCAGAGCACUCAUAAUAACUGCCUACAUAUUUGGACCCUCACAGCUCACACAGUGUAAUACCAAGCCACUGCCAGUGACUAAUUUAACAGCCUCUCCUGUUGGCACCACUCAGAUGAGCCUUGCCUGGUCUCGUCAGAGUGACUACAAAUCUUCAUAUCAGUAUAAUGUGAGUGUAAAUGGAGAACAAUUGAUACCGAGCAUCAAUGAAACCACAAAUGUUAUUAAUCUGAUCCCUGGGAACAACUACACCUUUACUGUGCAAACUGUAGCAAAUGGCAUGAGCUCUGAAUCUGUAGCCAUCUCUGCAUUUACAGGGCUUGGUAAAGCAUCCAAUAUUUCUGCAGUUAGCACUACUCAGAGUAUGAGAGUGGAGUGGAGACCGCCUGAUGGCAUUGUGAGUCUCUACAACGUCAAAAUCCUGUUGAACGGAACGGUUUUAAAAAUGGAAAACCGAACGAAUGAGACAACCGUUGUGUUCUCAGACCUGCUACCUGGAACUCAGUACAAUGUCAUUGUGACAAGUAUCAGUGGACCAAUGAAGCAGGACAGCGAUAGUGUAUCCAAUGCCACCUUGCCUACUCCUCCUGGAGAGUUUGUGACCAUGCAAAGCACAAAUUCACUGAACAUCAGCUGGGCUCGACCACUUAACAUGAGCUCCAUAUCACACUAUUUCCAGUUGUCAUACAGCAACAGCACGCUGAACUGCAGUCAGAACUACAGCUCUCUGACGGGGCUCGAUGCAGGUGUCCAGUACAACAUCACUGUGAGGACUGUAGGUGCAAUGGGAUAUUUCAGCUCUCCUCAGUAUCUCACUGCAUAUACAAAUCCUACUGCCGUAACUGAUGUGAGAUUGAAUGAAUAUACUGAGACCAGUAUAUCUUUGAGCUGGCGGCAGCUUGAUGUUCAGCAAUCUGGUUACUCCUACCUGCUCUCCUUCACACACCCUAAUGGCACAGCUGACCAGAAGACUGUAAAUAACACCAGAGCACAGCUACUGUCACUGCAGUCGGCUAGUCAAUACAAUAUCAGCAUUAUCACACAGACAGCUGGCGGCACCAAGUCUUAUCUCCAGUUCAUAACUGCCCGCACUAAGCCGUUUCCAGUUUCCUCUGUAACAUACAAUGUUGUGAAUGUUUCUGCUGUGAAGUUAAGCUGGUCCCGUCCUCAGGAGUAUCCCAAUGGCUUUUCCUACCAAGUAUUAGUGUCCAACUGCACAGAAAAUAGUAGGAACUUGUCGACCUUCUCUGAAAACAUCAUAGUGUCAGACUUGCUGCCUGGCACUCUGUGUCAGUUCAGUCUAUAUAGUUUGGCCUACGGCAUUCUGGGAGAACCAGUGAACAUCUCUGUCUUCACAAAGCCCUCUACAGUGGUUCCUCAACUAGAUAAUCAAGGCUCUAACCAAUCACUCUUGGUGACGUGGGAUCAUCCUGUUGGUGGACUAGACAGGUACAUUCUGAACAUCAGCAGUGAAGAAGGAUGGAGCAGCUCUAAAGUUCUCAAUAGCACUGAACGCAAUUACACCUUCAGUCAACUAAAAGCAGCAACUAUCUUCACAGUCACACUCACGACUGUCAAAGCAGCCUUCUGGGAAACAUCUCAUUCAGUAAACAUGGCAACUUAUCCAAACAGACCGGGAAAGAUUACGAUUUUGUUGACGAGCAACCAUUCAGUGUGGUUUCGGUGGGAUGAAGCUGAGAACAUGUCAGAUGGCAGCUUCAACUACACCCUGACCUGUUGGUUGAGCUUUAAAACCAGUCAAUAUCUGACUGCUAAUAACACUUUCCUUUUGGACGGCUUGCAACCUGGAACAUCCUAUAAUGUUUCUGUGGCUACUGUAGGCCCGAUGGGUUUCCAGAGUGAAUCUAUCAGAGUUCAAGUAACCACCAAGCCCUCUACAGUGGUUCCUCAACUAGAUAAUCAAGGCUCUAACCAAUCACUCUUGGUGACGUGGGAUCAUCCUGUUGGUGGACUAGACAGGUACAUUCUGAACAUCAGCAGUGAAGAAGGAUGGAGCAACUCUAAAGUUCUCAAUAGCACUGAACGCAAUUACACCUUCAGUCAACUAAAAGCAGCAACUAUCUUCACAGUCACACUCACGACUGUCAAAGCAGCCUUCUGGGAAACAUCUCAUUCAGUAAACAUGGCAACUUAUCCAAACAGACCGGGAAAGAUUACGAUUUUGUUGACGAGCAACCAUUCAGUGUGGUUUCAGUGGGAUGAAGCUGAGAACAUGUCAGAUGGCAGCUUCAACUACACCCUGACCUGUUGGUUGAGCUUUAAAACCAGUCAAUAUCUGACUGCUAAUAACACUUUCCUUUUGGACGGCUUGCAACCUGGAACAUCCUAUAAUGUUUCUGUGGCUACUGUAGGCCCGAUGGGUUUCCAGAGUGAAUCUAUCAGAGUUCAAGUAACCACCAAGCCUGAUCCUGUCCAAAACCUACAACUUGGUUCCACAUCAACAAAAAACAUCUUUGUUAUUUGGGCAAAAGUGGAAGGGGUCCCGAAAUAUGUAAUUAGAGUGUACAGUGAGAAGGUAGAGAACAAUUUAACCAGUACAAAUAACAGCAUGACCAUAUACAAUCUGAUGCCUUCAACACCCUAUAACAUCAGUGUGCAGAGUAGCACUUCUGACAACACAGAAGGAGAAGCCGUGUGGCUGCAAGCAUGCACAGAUGCAGCUCCAGUGAAGAAUGUGACCUGUACAGGUCCCAAUUUAACCUUACCAAUGCUAACCCUUUCAUGGAGCCCUCCUCUUGGUGGAAACCUGGGCUUUGAAGUUAAGCUGAACUCCAACUCAGAAAAAACCUUCAGUCUAAACCACACCUUCACUGGACUCAAGUUUAACACUCUGUACAAUGUCAUGCUCUGGACACUUGGUUGUGGGAAGAAAAGCGAGAUGGAAUCAAUCGCCUGUAUGACUGGAAUCACAAGGCCAGUUGUUCCUCAAAUAACAUCAGUGAUUGUAUCUGAGCUACAGUACAACAAGUUUACCUUGAUUCUUCAGUCGGAUGUUUUCAAUGACUCAAACGGUCCUGUGCUGUAUUAUGGUGUGCUUGUCUACUCCGGCACUAUUGAUUGCUCAGAGAAUAGUAAAAAGUUCGAUCGAUGCCUGUUGAACACCUACAGUGCCUGGAAAUUAAAUCUGUGCAGCACAUUCCUGGCUGUUGUCAAAAAAGCAGGGUCUACAAGUGUACAGAUUGGAGAUGGAACUGAAUGGAAUGGUUACAAAAAUGGAGAACUAAAUGCCAAAGCCAGUUACAAUUUUGCUGUCAUUGCUUUCACUCGUCUGGAGAUAAACAACAGUUUAGUGGAUGUGUCUAAUUCAUACUACUCCAUAUCUGAGGUUUACCAAAGUCCCAUCACACUGCCUGAGAACCCAGUGGUAAUUGGAGGAGCAGCUGCGGGAGUCAGUGUUGCUGCUCUUGUUGUAAUCAUCAUUGGGGUUGUGGUUUGUAGACAGAAGCAAAGUAAAGACGAGUCUACUAGUGUUCCUAUCCACUCUAUAAGAAACAAAGUGAGUGCUCCAAUAAAGGUGGAGGAUUAUGAGGCUUACUAUAAGAAGCAAAGAGCUGAUUCCUUCUGUGGAUUUGCUGAAGAAUUUGAGGAUCUAAGGCCAGUUGGGAUAAAUCAGCCGAAGACUGUUGCUCAGGCACCUGAAAACAAAGCCAAGAAUCGUUACAACAAUGUGCUGCCAUAUGAUUCAUCUCGUGUCAAACUCUCUGUGCUCGGCAGCCCAUUUGAUGACUACAUAAAUGCCAACUACAUGCCGGGUUAUACUUCAAAGAAGGAGUUUAUCGCAGCCCAAGGGCCACUGCCCUGCACUGUCGAUGACUUCUGGAGACUGAUCUGGGAGAAAAACGUCCACACUAUUGUCAUGCUCACUAAAUGCAAUGAGCAAGGACGGGUGAAAUGUGAGGAAUACUGGCCAGCAGAGACGAAACAUUUUAGCAAUCUGACAGUGAUGAAUACUUCUGAGAUCACAUUGGAAGACUGGACUUUACGUGACUUUGAAGUGAAAAAUGUGAAAACAGCAGAGUCUCGAUCAGUUCGUCACUUCCAUUUCACUGCGUGGCCAGACCAUGGAGUUCCUGAGACCACUGAGCUUCUCAUCAACUUCAGACACCUGGUUCGAGAGCACAUGGACCAGUUCUCAAGACAUUCACCCACACUUGUGCACUGCAGUGCUGGUGUGGGCCGUACGGGAACCUUCAUCGCCAUUGAUCGGUUAAUCUUUCAGAUUGAGCGGGAGGGUGUAGUAGAUGUAUAUGGGAUCAUCCACGAUUUACGCAUGCACAGACCACUAAUGGUUCAAACAGAGGAUCAAUAUGUGUUUCUCAACCAGUGUGCCAUGGACAUCAUCAAGUCUCGGACUGGCAACAACGUAGAUUUGAUUUACCAGAACACAGCUGCACUCACUAUUUAUGAGAACUUUGAACCCUUAAAAAAAGCCAAAAAUGGCUACCAUAAUGCCUGACCGUACCAUGAAUAAUUCACUGCACUGCUGUAAAAGAAACGUUGUUCUUUUUUCUUUUCUUUUUUUUUUAAUGGAGUUUUAUUUAAAUAGGAAAAAGUAUAUAUAUUUAUUAAGUUUGUUUAUAAGAGUAUGCAGAAAUAUUUUUUAAUUUUGUUAAUCAAGUUUUUAUCAAAUUACAGAAAUGUAGCUGCAAGGAAGUUUUAUGAGUUUUCAUAGAAUAAAGCUGAUAAUGUUUUAAUUAUGUAAUAUGACUUCAUAAAAAUGGCAUUUCCUCAGACAUAGGCUACAGGUGAAAUGAAUAGAAGCAUAAACAGAAAUAUAGACAUGCAACAGUCACAUAGGACUUCACCGUUAGACAGUAGUACAGCAGUAGUGAAGACAAAAUGGUUAAGCUGGUAAAUUGUUGACAAUAGGCAGUGACAGGUUGCUGUUCUCAGGUCUGUGUUUUUAAUAUAACUAUUAUUUCCGGAUGUCACAGGCCAAAGGUUGACCUUAAAUGCACCAUAAGGACAAUGAGUUAGCAUUGAAUAGUUGCAAUCUUUUUGGUAUUCUCUUCAAUUGUUUAUUUUCAGUAAAGAGACAUGCUAUCCUGUCUGGUCCUAGUUUGUAAAUGUUUUUGUUUUCCUUUUAGAAUGAGGUCAGUGAAUGUUAAGUAUAUGCCUACUGAUGUAAUUUAUUACAAAAAGAUUUGAACAGAGUGUCACUCUGUACCAUCUGUGCACUUAAACUGUUAUAUUUGUACAUAAUAUAUUUAGUUCAGACUUCCAGCCUUUUUUUCACAAAGUGUUGUUCCAGGGACUUUUUGCUUGUGUGGUUUUAAUAUUCUGAAAUUUUCUGCACAUAUUUUUAAAAUAGUUCAUAGAUACUCUGCUGGUCAUGAUACAGAACCAUACCAGAUGAACUCUGUAUUAUACUGAGAUUAAAAAAAAAAAAGAUGCACUUUAUUUCACACUACUGUGGUGACCUGUGUUUGUGUGUGUGUGUGUGUGUGUAACAGAAAAUACUACAUAUAUAUACAUAUAUACUUGUGAUGUGUGAUCAAAAUGGUAACUUUCUUAUUUUAAAAUAAAGCCAACAGCAAUACGCUAUCUUU